AGUGGCGGCAUUCGCAAGUCGUCGUAGAAGUCCGUGCCUGGCGGCCUGAUGUCAUUCAUGAUCGCCUGGCGAGCGGCACGGCGAACGAGGCUAGCGAUAUCAAUGUUUAUUGAUCCCCUCGGAGAGGAGAGAUUUCCGGGCAGUCAGUUUCAAACGAGCUCUCGAGAAACAUUGAGAUCAGUAAAAAGCUAGCCACUCUGCACGUCGCACAGGUUAUUUCAUGAUCAAAAAGUACUGUAUAUAUCAUAAAAUUUGUGUUCAAAAUUUAAGAAAUAAACAGUGUAAUUCCCAAAAAUGGAGGAGUUUAGGAAUGAUUCUCAAGAUAAUGAGAGUAGUGAUGAUGAAUUGAAAGUUGAAGUAUAUAAUGAAAAUAUGAACAAUUCAAUGUAUGAUUCAGUACCUGACAAUGAAAGUGACAGUAGUGACGAUUGCAUAGUUCCUCCUAAAAGACGGAAUGUACUAAGAAUUGACAAUGACAUGGAGAAUAGUGAAGGUGAUGACGAAGAACAUUUAGAACAAAUAGAGGACUCAAGUGAAAGUGAUGGAUGGGAGGACGUAACAGAAAAAGACGAUUUGCCUUUUAGUUUCACGUUCAAAACUUCUCCGCGAAUCGUAGGACCACAAAUAUCUCAGGAUAUAACAAGACCAUUGGACUUUUUCAAAUUAUAUUUCACUGAUAUAUUGAUAGACCAAAUAGUAAAAACGACUAAUGAAUAUGCACAAAUGAAGAUACGUGAGAAACAGUUGGCCAACAACUCUAUUUGGCAUUCGUGGAUAGACGUUACACGUGAAGAAUUUAUGGCCUUCAUCGGUGUAAUUCUAAAUAUGGGAACAAUGCCACUUGCAAGCAUAUCGGAAUAUUGGACAACUAGGAGCAAUAGCAGAAUUCCUUUCUAUUCGGAGGUAUUCAGAAGAAACCGAUUCCGUCAAAUUUUCUGGAUGUUACAUCUACGAGACAAUGCAUCUUCUAAUACAUCUUUGGGAAUCCGGAUUGGAAAGGCAAACAACUUUUUACAAUAUAUCGACUCGAAGUUUGCGGAACAUUUUAUACCUGGUAAGGAUAUUUGUGUCGAUGAAUCAAUCGUCAAGUUCAAGGGGAAAAUUGCGUUUAUAAGGUAUAAUCCAAAAAAACCGACCAAAUGGGGCAUAAGAAUUUACGUAUUAGCGGAUGGGGAAACCGGAUAUGUCUACUCGAUUUUGCCCUACUAUGGAAGUUUGACAACUGAGGGUUUAGAGAAACCAGAACUUCCGGUUAGCUCUCGAAUUCCAUUGACCUUGGUUAAAAAACUUCUGGACAACAUUCCAAAUGCUGAGGGCUAUCAUUUGUAUACUGAUAGAUACUUUACAAGUAUCCCGCUUGCCAAUGAACUUCUAAAAGUAAAGGUCCAUUUAACUGGUACAGUAAUGCCAAAUCGUAAAUACUUGCCAGCUGCGAUUAAGAAACCGAAAUUUUCCACAAAAUCGACUGUGGCUUAUAAGAAGGAAAAUACAUUAGUCCUCGCAUGGAAAAGCAAACGAAUCGUAACUUUCCUGAGCACCAGCGAUGCAGCAUCCCUUGAAUCGGUUACAACGAGAACACGCGGUGGUGCCACAAUAAAUUUAUUGAAACCAAUUGUGGCUAUACAUUACACCGAAAAAAUGAGAGCAGUUGAUCGCGCGGACCAACAUGCAGCAACGUAUUGUUUCCUACGAAAAUCCCUCAAAUGGUGGAGGACAUUAUUUUUUUGGGGCAUGGAGAUGUGCGUCAUCAAUGCUUACAUAAUGCAUAAAAUAACAAGACAACAGAACAACGAAAGGCCACUAACACACUUAAAUUUUGUGAAAUGUUUAGUCGAUGAAUUAGUAGAAAAUUUCCGGCACCAAACACCAUCUAGAGCGCAACCUUCAACGUCAUUCGUAGACAUUAGAUUAAAUAAUCAACUUCAUAUAAUUCGUUCAGGAACCAAGAAAGACUGUGCAGUAUGUUCCGACAGGAAAACUCCAGGAAAAAGACGAGAAACACGCACAUACUGUGAUACUUGUACUCGGAAGCCAGGACUUCAUAUCGGUGAUUGUUUCGCAAAAUAUCACACUUUGGAAAAUUACAGAAAUUAAAAAUUUAUGUUUUUAUAAGUACUAUUAAACACAACAAAUCAGUUUCAACAAAUUCUGCGUUUUAAUAUCCAUAUAUUGACUUUAAAUCCCGUACGGAAAAAUAACUGCGAAACGCUAAAUUUGCUCGGACCUGCUGGUACUCCCAUCAGUGAAAUCUGCGGACCGCAAAGGGUUAAACAUGUGUCUAUAAUUAUCCU